AUGUUUGAAGAAAAUAAUACAAAUGAAGUCAGGUUACUAUCUUUAAGCCUGGGAAAAAUCUACAUUUUGGUUACUUUAUAUUUCGCGGUUAAAACAAUUUUGGGUGAAAAUGAACAACCAUUAAGACCAGGUCAAGGACAAUGUUUUCAUAAUGUUGAUUUAGCUAUAAAAGACUCUAGAUCCACCAAGUUAUUCACUCUCACUAGAACAAAAUAUUUGGUUGGAGAAGGAGGUUUUGAGGCGAAGGCAAUAAUAAGUUUUGGUCGAGACUAUCCUUUUUAUGUGAAGGGUCACCAAUUUUCCUGA